UAAUAAGUUGUGUAGUUGCUUUAUAAAAAGAAGAGACGUCAAGAAAUACAAGACUCUACAUCACCAACUCGUCCAUCGUUGGCAAGGGGUCCUUGGUUAUUUCCACAUGUUCGUGAUUGAAGUGAAGAAGAUGGGUGCUCGUCACUCCAUACCAGAGACCGGAGGUGAUGCUCUGCCACCGCCGCAUCAUUAUCCGUAUCCGUAUCCUUAUCCAUAUCCAUAUCCAUACCCGGUUCAGUAUCCACCUCCGCCACCAUAUUCGGGUCCAAAACCGGCUUCCCGUACACUUACGCCUUCGAUACCAUCUUCCAUGCCAUCCUUAGAAACAGCUUCGCUUUCGCUUCCAUCUUCAAAGGGGACGGCGGCCCCGGUUAUAGCUAAAAUAGGCAUUUCCAGCUCCAAGUCGUCACAGCUCGAAGACGUGCAGAUUAAAGUCAGCGGCACGCGUGUCAAAACCGCAAGCCGAAGCAUCCGCCAGAUCUGCUUCCACAUUAAGACGCGCGGCCAUGGCGAUAAAGUGAAAUCGUGAAAACCCUAGCCACACUGAUACAUUCUCUUUUCAUUUUUGAGGUUUACAAUUGACUAGAUACUGUUUCAAGUCCUGAUUUGGAAGCAGAUGUGUUUGUGAUCACUACCAACGUCGUUUUUGGCGUGGAAUGGCUAGGAAAGAUCUGGCUUUUAUACGUUGCUUUCAUAACUUUGCUUUUUUUUGUGAGUUCAAGCAUACGAGUUCUUAGUGUUCUAUACAUUAUCGCCUUUGAUGCAUGUAUUUCUGCACCUAUAAAAGAUGA